AUGGGAAAUCGAUUAAGUUUAAUUUGGGGUAAACUCUUUGAAUUUCCUGUAAAAAGAAAGCCAAUCUGCUUUUUCAGACAGGAGGAUUUCACUUCCAGCGGAGAAUAUAUAGGUGACAUCAAAUCCGAACCAGCACCAGAUUUACAAGGAAAAGGUGGAAAUUAUGAAAGAAUGCUCAAUGCUUUCUAUGCCGAAUUAUUGCGUCUCAGAAAUUUAAGAAGCGAGGAAGUUGAUUGCUAUUGCGAUGAUGAUGUUUCUCAAAAGUUUCCAGGAUGGGAUGGUACAACAGUUGCAAAUCUGCACAGUUUAUAUUUAUUGUUCGACAAAGGUUUGAAUAAUAUGUUGAAUCUUGAAGAUUUUGAAGCAAUUUUGGACUCUUUGGGCGAUGAAAGUUUAUCAGAGUACAGAAACGAAAAGUUUAAGCUUGCUGAUUCCGAUGGAGAUGGUUGGAUAACAAGGCAAGAAUUCUUGGAGUUGAUUUAUUAUUUUAAUGAACCGAAAGAUGAAAACGAGCAGCUUGGCACGUUAGCAAAACAUUGUAAAGAAGUAGCAGAACGAAUUCUUUUUGUAGGAAGUUUAACGUUAGGUGAACAACUCGAAUACGGUUUGUUUUGA